CCCACGUGAAAACAAAAUGGCUACAUCCAAAGUACUCUGCAGAUACUACAUGAGUAACUGCUGCAGUAGAGGAGCUUCUUGUCCUUUCUCUCACGACACAAAAGAUACCCCAGACUCAAUUUGUCGUUAUUAUUUAAAAGGUGCUUGUACUUACGGUAACUCUUGUCGUUAUGUUCACCAGAGACCAAAGUCGUCCCAGCCCUCCUCUACAAGGAGGACUGUUUCGGAACCCCCACUUCCAAAAAUCCCGGGCCCGGUGUCACUGGCAGCUGCAGCCGGGCUUGACAUUCAACCAGAAUCUGGACUUGUAACAUUGGUGAAAGAUCCAACUAGGAAGCCAUCAGAAUGGGUCAAGGCACCUGAAUUCGUACCAGUAAGAGAAAACACUAUUAAUGAUAAUAAUAUUAUUAUUAUAAUCU